GGUCUGGUCAACAUUACAGGUACUUCCAUUAGACAGAGCCAUCCUUCACCAUGGACUAUACACUUUUCACAGCAGCCGUUGUGCUUCUAACAUCAGGUAUGCCUAUUGCUACAAUUAACAUGCAGAACAUAAUGGGUUUUGAAGGUUGUUAUUCAAAUAGGUUACCUCCUUCUGGAACUAUUUAACUAGCUAUAGCUAUAUAAAACGUAGAAAUAAAAAAAAUUUUUUGUGUAUUUCACAAGCAAGGUUUUUACAUAAGCCCAUUUACCUAAAAAAAAUGAAUUUUAUUUCUUUCAAUUUAUUGUUUUUAUUUUCAUGUAUUGUUAUGUCUUAUGUGUACAUUACUACAUUUCGUUACCCUCUGUCCUGUCCAGGUCUGUGUGCAGGUCAGAGUGUGUUACCGCCAGGACCAUUGACUGGAGCCAUAGGAGGGAGAGUGAAGUUCACCACAACCCUCAGUCCACCAGCCAAACCUUUUGUCUCAGUGAGCUGGACCUUCAACAGGGUCAACAUCAUCACCUCCACUACGGUCAACAUAACUAAUGCUGACCACAAAGAGCGGAUCAGUCUGGACAGAACCACUGGCUCUCUGGAGCUGUGGAACCUGGGCCUGAGGGACCAAGGGGAGUACAGAGUCAGCAUCAUACCAGACGGGGCGCUGGAGCUACAAGGAGCUACCACUCUGGAUGUCUAUGGUGGGUCAGAGUUAUAUAUUGAUGGCAGUCACAUCACCAUAUCUCCAGACUCAGCAGGGCAUUUUUAUCAGCUAUGAAUAUGAAAGUUGUAUACAUUAAGACAGAUUAUUCAAAUGGACUGUACCUCUUACGCUCCCCAUACUGUUAACCUCUUUACAGUGUUGUUAUCUGCUGCCACCAUCACUUGCCCCCCAGCCACCCUGAUAGCUGGCAUAAGCUCCACCAACCUAACCUGUGAGGCUGCUGGCAACAUCAGCUCCAUACAGUGGAUCAAAGAUGGCCUCCCUCUGUCUCCCAGUAACAAUAUCACCUUCUCUGCAGACAACAGGACAGUCUAUCUCAGUCCUGUACAGGUCAUUGACAACGGAGAAUAUGAGUGUUUAGUCAGCAACCGUGUCAGCAACUGGACAGCAUCCCACAACCUGACCGUCAACUGUGAGUACUGCUUACUAGAUCCUAAUUCCAGGAGUGAUUGUGAUUGUGCUUGGCAACCUUAUGUCAAUUACCAACUCACUGGAUGUUGCCGUUGAAAAAAACAAAACAAAGUCUUGCCUUUGCUGUUCAAUAGUGUAUAGACCCACGGAAUACAUAUUUUUGUUGAUGUAGCAUUGAUGAUUAUUUGAUUUGACCAUGUUGCAGUUGGACCCCAGAACAUAUCAAUAGAUGGACCAUCAGCAGCAUCAACGGGACGCAGGGUAACUCUGAGCUGUUCAGCUGACUCUAUUCCUCGUGCUACCUUCACCUGGAUGUUCAACAGGACAGAGAUGGGUGUUAACAACACCCUGUACGUCAUAGAGAGGAUGGAGGCGCUACACAUUGGGAACUACACCUGCACUGCCACCAACAACAUCACCGGACUGAAAGACUCUGUGGUCUACAAGCUGAGAGGUUAGUUACAGCUUGAAGUUGCAGUUAGGAUUCGUGACAAAGUGUAUCCACAAUUAAGUUCAUAACACAUAUAAGUUAACACAAUAAGUUACACAACUUUAUUGUGUAAAGUAACACAGCUAGAACUUUGUGACUUGUAAUUGUACCUUAAAUUUGUCUUCCAUAUUCUGAGCCUGGAUAAUAACCUGAUAUUCCAGUCACUCUAAUUUGUGUAAAUAUAAAGUGUAUAUUCGAGCCUUACACUCCUCUGGAAUUUCAUUUUCAUUGUAAUCCCUGAGAUCACUGCACUGACCUGACUUCAUACCAAAGCAGGUGAUAUGACUUGUUCUCCUCUACAGCCUCCUCUGCUGCCCCCAUUUGGUCAUUUGCUUUGAUGGUGACCAGUGUUCUGGCAGUGGGACUGCUGCAACUGUAGAUGUCUGGGAGGAGAGAGAGGGACAAGGAGGGGCUGGUGAAGGGUGAGGAUGAAUGUGAUGUAUGCUGUCAUAAAUAUGCUAAGUACUGUAUGUUUUAAUGUAUGUAUCUUUAAAUAUUUGUUACUUUUUUAUUAUAAGUCUUACAUUUAUUUAUGUAAUAUUAUUUCAUGAAUUCAUUGAUAAUGAAAAACAAUUCUAUAAAAAUAGCUUAUUUUUUAUAUAUAUAAUAAUGGCCAUGAUUUUGUGUUGGUUACUCUGUGUAAAACAUGUUUCGUUGUAAAUGUUUCUGUAGGUUGGUCAACCCCAGAGCCUCUUUGCUGAUUAAGGACAAUCUUGAUUAGGAAUCUGCUCGGCAAGAAGAUGUUGUAUAGAAUCAAACCUGUCCGUAGUUUUAAAACGUAGAGAUAUGUACUUUAGCCUGUCAAACUGUAAUAUUACCUGGGCUUUAAAUCAAAUAUAUUUUUUAUUUUUUAAAAUAAAUGAAUACAAGUAAUCCAUGGUACAUGUCAUGAAAGAUUCAUGUACCCUGAGCAAAAAAAUAUAAAUGCAUCAUGUAAACUGUUGGUCCAGUGUUUCAUGAGCUGAAAUAAAAGAAUCCCAGGAAUUUUCCAUAUGCACAAAAAGUUUAUUUAUCUCAUUUUUUUGCACAAAUUUGCUUACAUCCAUGUUAGUGAGCAUUUCUCCUUUCCAAAGAUAAUCCAUCCACCUGACAGGUGUGGCAUAUCAAGAAGCUGAUUAAACAGCAUCAUCAUUGCACAGGUGCGCCUUGUGCUGGGGACAAUAAAAUGUGCAAUUUUUUCACACAACACAAUGUCACAAAUGUCUCAAGUUUUGAGGGAGCCUGCAAUUGGCAUGCUGACUGCAGGAAUGUCCACCAGAGCUAUUGCCAGAGAAUUGAAUGUUCAUUUCUCUACCAUAAGCCACUUUAGAGAACUUUUGAGAAUUUGGCAGUACAUCCAACAGGCCUCACAACCGCAGACCACGUGUAACCACCCCAGCCCAGGACUAAACUGUCAGAAACUGUCUCAGGGAAGCUCAUCUGAGUGCUCGCUGUCCUCACCAGGGUCUUGAACUGACUGCAGUUUGGCGUUGUAACCGGCUUCAGUGGGCAAAUGCUCACCUUCGAUGGCCACUGGCACGCUGGAGAAGUGUGCUCUUCACGGAUGAAUCCCGGUUUCAACUGUACCGGGCAGAUGGCAUCGUGUGGGUGAGCGGUUUGCUGAUGUCAAUGUUGUGAACAGAGUGCCCCAUGAUAGCGGUGGGGUUAUGGUAUGGGCAGGCAUAAGCUAUGGACAAUGAACACAAUUGCAUUUUAUUGAUGGCAAUUUGAAUGCACAGAGAUACAGUGACGAGAUCCUGAGGCCCAUUGUCAUGCCAUUCAUCCAAUGCCAUCACCUCAUGUUUCAGCAUGAAAAUGCACGGCCCCAUGUCGCAAGGAUCUGUACUUAAUUCCUGGAAGUUGAAAAUGUCCCAGUUCUCCCAUGGCCUGCAUACUCACCAGACAUGUUACCCAUUGAGCAUGUUUAGGAUGCUCUGGAUCGACGUGUACGACAGCGUGUUCCAGUUCCCGCCAAUAUCCAGCAACUUCGCACAGCCAUUGAAGAGGAGUGGGGAAACAUUCCACAAUCAACAGCCUGAUCAACUCUAUGCGAAGGAGAUGUGUAGCGCUGCAUGAGGCAAAUGGUGGUCACACCAGAUACUGACUGGUUUUCUGAUCCACGCCCCUACUUUUUUUUUAAAGGUAUCUAUGACCAACAGAUGCAUAUCUGUAUUCCCAGUCAUGUGAAAUCCAUAGAUUAGGGCCUAAUUUAUUUAUUUCAAUUGACUGAUUUCCUUAUAUGAACUGUAACUCAGUGAAAUCUUUGUUUGUUGCAUGUUGCGUUUCUAUUUUAGUUCGGUGUAUUUAUAAUAAAGGGAAAUGUUACCAAAAACGUAACAUAGUCUAACAAAUGUGAGUAAUUGCCUAAUUGAGGGUGUGGCUGUCCAGGUAAAGACUGAAUAAAGGUAUAAGAGCCACAACUUGUUUGUAGUUAAAGUUCAUGUUUGGGUUGCCGACUAAACAAAAGCCUGUUUAUUGGACUCAUUAAAAGCUGUAGUUUUGGUCCUCAUCCUUGUCUCCCUGAGUGUUUGUGUCCUAAGUUCACUCCGCAUCAUGGUCCACAGUGUCACGAUCGUCGAACACAGUGGACCAAUGCGCAGCGUGAUGAGUGAACAUACUUAUUUUAUUCCACACGAAACAAAACGAUAACGUGAAGUCCUUGGUUACAAUACAAAACCAACACGGAACAAGAUCCCACAAACACUGUGGCAAAACAGGCUACCUAAGUAUGGUUCCCCAAUCAGAGACAACAAGCAACAGCUGAUUCACGUUGCCUCUGAUUGAGAACCACACCGGCCAACAUAGAAACAAAUGAACUAGAUAAACAACCUAGCACACAAAACACAUAGAAACAACCCACCCUGGCUCAACAUAACAGAGUCCCAGAGCCAGGGCGUGACAGUACCCCCCCCCCCCCAAAGGCGCGGACUGCGACCGCGCCAAACAUAAACCGAACAGGGGAGGGCCGGGUGGGCAUUCCUCCUCGGAGGCGGUUCCGGCUCCGGGCUUGACCCCCACCCUCCAACAAACCCCCCAUAGCGCCCCUGGUCUGGUCUGGCCCUGCUGGCUGGAUCUGGACUGGACAUCGGUGGAGCGGAUCGCUCAGGCUCCGAUGUGGAGCAGCUAACCGGUACCUGACCAGGCACCGGUGACCCAGGCACGGGCUGUGCCGGACUGACGACGCGCACCACAGGCUUGGUGCGGGGAGCAGGAACAGGCCGGACCGGGCUGACGACGCGCACCAUUGGCUUGGUGCGGGGAGCAGGGACGGGCCGAACCGGGCUGACGAAGCGCACCACUGGCUUGGUGCGGGGAGCAGGAACAGGCUGGACCGGGCUGAUGACGCGCACCACAGGCUUGGUGCGGGGAGCAGGGACGGGCCAAACCGGGCUGAUGAAGCGCACCACUGGCUUGGUGCGGGGAGCAGGAACGGACCAAAACGGGCUGACGACGCGCACCACUGGCUUGGUGCGGGAAGCAGGAACGGGCCGGACCGGGCUGGCGACGCGCACCACUGGCUUGGUGCGAGGGGCAGAAACAGGCCGGACCGGGCUGGCGACGCGCACCACAGGCUUGGUGCGAGGGGCAGGAACAUGCCGGACCUGGCUGGGGACACACACCACUGGCCCUACGCGGGGAUCAGGAACGGGCCGGACCGGACUGGCAACACACCCCAGUACCUCUCGCCGUGCCUCUACAUUCUCCUUCCCCCUGGUGACCAGUGACUCCCGUAACCUGGCGGCCUCCUUUGCCAACCCGCUGAACCACUCUAUCGCUCCUCUGCUCCAAAGUCCAGCCUCUCUCCUCCUCACGCUGCUUGACCCAGUCGAGGUUGAUAUUCAUUAGAGUCCUCUCUGGCGUUGGCUCCUGGACACGCUGCUUGGUCCAGUUAUGGUGGGAUCUUCUGUCACGAUCGUCGAACACAGUGGACCAAUGCGCAGCGUGAUGAGUGGACCAAUGCGCAGCGUGAUGAGUUUAUUCCACACGAAACAAAACGAUAACGUGAAGUCCUUGGUUACAAUACAAAACCAACACGGAACAAAAUCCCACAAACACUGUGGCAAAACAGGCUACCUAAGUAUGGUCCCCAAUCAGAGACAACAAGCAACAGCUGAUUCACGUUGCCUCUGAUUGAGAACCACACCGGCCAACAUAGAAACAAAUGAACUAGAUAAACAACCUAGCACACAAAACACAUACAGUGGGGAGAACAAGUAUUUGAUACACUGCCAAUUUUUCAGGUUUUCCUACAUACAAAGCAUGUAGAGGUCUGUAAUUUUUAUCAUAGGUACACUUCAACUGUGAGAGAAGGAAUCUAAAACAAAAAUCCAGAAAAUGACAUUGUAUGAUUUUUAAGUAAUUAAUUUGCAUUUUAUUGCAUGACAUAAGUAUUUGAUCACCUACCAUCCAGUAAGAAUUCCGGCUCUCACAGACCUGUUAGUUUUUCUUUAAGAAGCCCUCCUGUUCUCCACUCAUUACCUGUAUUAACUGCACCUGUUUGAACUCGUUACCUAUAUAAAAGACACCUGUCCACACACUCAAUCAAACAGACUCCAACCUCUCCACAAUGGCCAAGACCAGAGAGCUGUGUAAGGACAACAGGGAUACAAUUGUAAACCUGCACAAGGCUGGGAUGGGCUACAGGACAAUAGGCAAGCAGCUUGGUGAGAAGGCAACAACUGUUGGCGCAAUUAUUAGAAAAUGAAAGAAGUUCAAGAUGACGGUCAAUCACCCUCGGUCUGGGGCUCCAUGUAAGAUCUCACCUCGUGGGGCAUCAAUGAUCAUGAGGAAGGUGAGGGAUCAGCCCAGAACUACACGGCAGGACCUGGUCAACGACCUGAAGAGAGCUGGUACCACAGUCUCAAAGAAAACCAUUAGUAACACACUACGCCGUCAUCGAUUAAAAUCCUGCAGCGCACGCAAGGUCCCCCUGCUCAAGCCAGGGCAUGUCCAGGCCCGUCUGAAGUUUGCCAAUGACCAUCUGGAUGAUCCAGACGAGGAAUGGGAGAAAGUCAUGUGGUCUGAUGAGACAAAAAUAGAGCUUUUUGGUCUAAACUCCACUCGCCGUGUUUGGAGGAAGAAGAAGGAUGAGUACAACCCCAAGAACACCAUCCCAACCGUGAAGCAGGGAGGUGGAAACAUCAUUCUUUGGGGAUGCUUUUCUGCAAAGGGGACAGGACGACUGCACCGUAUUGAGGGGAGGUUGGAUGGGGCCAUGUAUCGCGAGAUCUUGGCCAACAACCUCCUUCCCUCAGUAAGAGGAUUGAAGAUGGGUUGUGGCUGGGUCUUCCAGCAUGACAACGACCCAAAACACACAGCCAGGGCAAGUAAGGAGUGGCUCCGUAAGAAGCAUCUCAACGUCCUGGAGUGGCCUAGCCAGUCUCCAGACCUGAACCCAAUAGAAAAUCUUUGGAGGGAGCUGAAAGUCUGUAUUGCCCGGCGACAGCCCCGAAACCUGAAGGAUCUGGAGAAGGUCUGUAUGGAGGAGUGGGCCAAAAUCCCUGCUGCAGUGUGUGCAAACCUGGUCAAGACCUACAGGAAACGUAUGAUCUCUGUCAUUGGAAACAAAGAUUUCUGUACCAAAUAUUAAGUUCUGCUUUUCUGAUGUAUCAAAUACUUAUUUCAUGCAAUAAAAUGCAAAUGAAUUACUUAAAAAUCAUACAAAGUGAUUUUCUGGAUUUUUGUUUUAGAUUCCGUCUCUCACAGUUGAAGUGUACCUAUGAUAAAAAUUACAGACCUCUACAUGCUUUGUAAGUAGGAAAACCUGCAAAAUCGGCAGUGUAUCAAAUACUUGUUAUCCCCACUGUAGAAAAAACCCACCCUGGCUCAACAUAACAGAGUCCCAGAGCCAGGGCGUGACACACAGCAAGGCCCAAUCCUGAAUGGCGGAUCACAUUCAUGAAUGACGAUGUUAGGAAAAGGUGUGUGUUCUCGUGCCAUGCAGAUCAUUAUCCAGUUUACCGUAAUCCUGUCCUUCAUGUACAGUAAACCAUAAAUAUAUGUAUCAAAAUAACAACAUUACAGGGCCAUUACCUGAACCGAUACAAAGGUCACUGCAAUGUGGCUUAUGGUAAAUGGGGAACUUCCUUGUCACCUGGCUGGCGGCUCUAAAAGAUCAUACCUCAGCCUAUUUUAUAGCAUCAUACUGUGAGUGUACUAGAAGCGCUCUCUAAAUCUGUAACAGAAUAAAGUAUUCCAACAGCAAUGGAAACUACAGUAGCCAUCUCUCUCACUCUGUCCAUACUCACAGGUAAAGCAGAUAUCUUCUUUGUCUCUUUAAACCUCUUGUUGUUACCUAGGCCAUGCUUUACAGCUCUUUGAGUUGUACAUUUACAGUGUAGUUACAUUGAAUGGUGUUCCUUCCCCCCUCUUAAUUGCACGUAGCCCUAACUGCACAAUAACUACACUCGUUGCUAAUUUCAUACAUCUACAGUUUCCUUUCAUUGAAAUUAAAUUGUACUAUUGUACUAUAGCUAUGUACAGUAGAGUACAGUAAUUACACUGAUUACCAAAGCAGGGGAGAAAACUCUGUCAGUGACCAUGCCUUAUUCUGUUGACUUAUUCAUGUAUUUGUCAGACACCACGUGAAAUUAUUAAAAUGUUGAUUCCACGUCCUAUUCUCCUGUGUUUGAACUACAAAUGUUGGCUACACCCCUUUUUGUGCAAGACAGUCUGUCUGUGUUGUGUUUAUGUAUAACUAGCUAUGUUUGACUAUUACUGCUGAGUGAUUGUUACUGGGCCUACUGAGUCAGCCAUUUAGAACGGUCCUGAAUGAUGGAACGUUUGAGUGGACAGUGUGUACCUACAUGUACAGUAUGUUGUCUAAGGCCAUGCUCUCUGCCGCCCUGUAUUCCCUCCAGGUCUCUGUGCCGGUCAGGGUGUGUUACCACAAGGCCCUGUGAAUGGAGCAGAAGGAGGGACAGUGAUGUUCAUUACAAAUCUAAGUCCACCAGCCCAGCCGUUCAUAAAAAUAUCCUGGAGUGUUGGUGUAGCCAAUAUUAUAACCUCUACCGGUUCUGACGCUAUAGGGCCUGGAUACGGAGACAGGAUCACUCUGAACAAAACUACUUGGUCUCUGGAGCUCAGGAAUCUGACCCUGGCUGACAGUGGAGAAUACAGACUGGCUAUAACAACAGCUACAGCAGAAACAAUCAAUGGAUCAACUAAACUGGUUGUGUAUGGUAAGUCCAAGUGUCAUGACAAAGAGAGUUAAAGCUAAAAUCCUUAACUGAAACAAUAACAAAGUGGUCAUCCCACUUCAGUUUGGUAAAAGCUGAGAUAUGGGCCUGGUGAAAUGGGACCACUCUCACAUUCAUAGACAGAGCUAUGGAUUCAAGGACUGACCAUCCAUGAUAUCAACAUUAUAGUUUUAACCAUGUUUUGAGGCUAUACAGUGUUCGUUUACAUUUAUAUUAUUUACAAACAUUGGAGUAAAACAAGCUUAUAUUUUGGGUUCUGAUGGGAUAUAACUGUUGAACUAAGAUUAUGAGGCACUGACGUCAAUUCAAAGUCUAUUCCACGUUGGUUCAAAGUAAUUUCGGGUGGAAACAACAUUAAUUCAACCAGUGUGUGCCCAGUGGGAAGUUACAGUCUUCAAGAAUCAAUGGGUAUAUAUCAUCAAUUUAAAAGUCAGGAUUCUAGCUUUAAGAGUUUAGUUACCAUGAGUAAAGUUUGAAAUAGAUAUUCACUUGACCUUAUCAUCAUCAUCAUCCUCAUCAUCAUCAUCAUCAAAACCAUUAAAAUCCUCAUCAUCGUUGUAGUGUCUUUGAUAUAUCAUAAGUCUUUGGCCUCUUGUUUUACAGAGAAUGUAUCUGAUGCCAACAUCACAGGACCAACAAACCAUCUGUUUGCAGAUGUGAGCUCUGCCACCUUAACCUGUGAGGCAGCUGGUAACAUCACUGCUAUACAAUGGAUGAAGGAAGGUCAGCCUCUGUCUGCUGGUGGCAAUAUAUUCUUCUCAGAGGAAAACAGGAACGUAUCCAUCAGUCCUGUGAAGAGACACGACGGCGGAGAAUACCUGUGUAAACUCAUCAACCCUGUCAGCUCUGCUACUGCCUACUAUAGCAUGAUAGUGAACUGUGAGUAAAGGUCUAUAACUCAUCUAAUGCUCUAUGGGUCAGUUUCUCAGACACAGAUUAAGCCUAGUCCUGAACUAGCAAGCACGUUUCCAAGUAUUUUAAAAUCAAAGACUAGGCUUAAAGCUGCAAUAUGUAACAUUUUGGGCGACUCGAACAAAUUCACAUAGAAAUGUGAGUUAUUGAUCUGUCAUUCUCAAUGAAAGCAAGUCUAAGAAUUGGUAGAUAUGUUCUAUGUGCGCUAUUUCUAUGUUUCCCGUUCUUAAGUUUCAUUUUUGCGUCUUUUACUUUCGGUUUUGUACACCAGCUUAAAACAGAUGAAAAUACAAUAUUUUUGGUUAUGGAAAAUACAUUUCACAGCGGUUUAGAUGGUUCAAUGAUUCUCUACACAAUCCUUGCUUGUUUUGUCACAUAAACUGAAAUUAGGCAAACUAUUCGAAUUUUAGCAACCAGGAAAUGGUGGAGAGAUUUCUGCAUAGUGCACCUUUAAUCUGUGUCUGGGAAACUGCCCAAUGAGAUGUUACACUCAUAAUGCCUAGUUCUUAGAGCCCACGUAUUUCCUGGUCAGGUCAUGUGGUCAGGGAAAACUCUAGGCCCUCAUCAUACAGCUGUAGGAUCUCAAUUUGAUUAACCUGUUGCAGAAUAACUUUACUGCAUUGCAGGAAAUGUAAAAUGUGUAGUGUAUUUGAGGUUUAAAAAGGCUUCUGAAGUUUGUAAUUUCCAUUUUGAAAUUUCAGACUUGAUUUUCCUUAUGAAAAAUGUAGCAACCCCUACGAAGAUGUCCAUUAAUUAUAAACCACAUAAUAAUUCAUUAUUUUCAUGCUGUAGCAAACUGGCUCAAAUUAAGAUCCUACAUCUGUACAUGUUGUGUUUACUACUACAGUCUGAGGGUCUUCUGCUCCUGGGCUUACAGAUGGACCAGACUCCAUGAUCAUCCUGGGCGAACAUGUCGCUGAGAUGGAGUCAUCCACCCUCAUUUACUGCUCUGUUCAGUCUGUACCGCCUGCUGCGUUCACCUGGUUGUUCAAUGGGCAACAGACAGGUGUACAUGAAGCUGGAUACAUCAUAAAGAGUGUCAGCUACAACAACAGCGGGGACUACCGAUGUGAUAUUAGGAAUGAUCUCACCGGACACGUCGUCUCUAUGGGCCAUAGUCUGUCAGUGAAAGGUACUGGUCUCUGAUACAGUCACCAUUAGAGGUAGACCAUCGAAGCUAACUAAUGCCAAAAACGUGCAACAUCACAUCAGCAUCUGUUCUAUAGGUAGUGUUUUGUUUAUUGAAUGUGUUCCUGUGUUGGUGCAUUGCAGAGAAAGCCCCUCCACCCCUAAGCCCAGAGGGAGCAGCAGGUAUAGCAGUCGCUGUGAUGUUGGUAGUGGUUGCUGUGGCUCUUGGUCUCUAUUUCGGCAUAACCCAUCAUUGGUGAGUCUAUGAAACCAAUGUGAUUGGUUACGCCAAUAAGUCAUUUUUGUGUAUAAAUAUUUUGCAGACCAUUUUGGCAGUAAAUAGAUGUCCCAUAUGUAAAUGUUUUCUGUAUGUUGUUUAGGAACAACAAAGGGAACAACAAACAGAAAGGUGGGAGAAAAACAUGAUCAUUUUAGUCUAGUACACGUUUAUCAAUUACUGUAUGGAGAUAUCAUUCAUACAUGCACUGAGAUGAGAGUGGAGAGCCUCUCUGUGCUGCAGAUGAUAACCACAGUUGUCCUUUAUCAUCUGUGAUGUCCAGCAGAUACAGACACACUGUCCCAGACAGAGGAUAUGUCCAUGUCCAGCUCUGACAAAGGAUGUGAGGGGCACGAACUGACCACCCAAAUCCAGGACAGAACCCACGAUCGCAAGCAACCGCAACCAGCCACCAGCCAUACUGUAGCCACCAGCCACACACCAGGAACCAAAGGUCAGAGAGAAGUUUGCAUAUUGAGUGUAGCAAGCAUUUCUGAGCUGACAACAAUCUGUCUCGUUAUCAAGUUCAUCAACUGCUAUUUUGUUUGUUUGUUUGUUUACACCAGCUUCUGCAGGUGUAAACGAGUAUGAGUGUGUAGGAAAUAAGAAAACUGGAGCUCCAACACCACCUCCAAGAGUGAGUUUCCACCACAAAGUUAAAUAAAACACUUAUGAUAUUGUAUAUCUAUGGUUCCCACCAUGUCCUGUAUGAGUUAGUUACAGCGAUGGCAGCAUUGUGACAGACUGCGGGUCUGUAAGCAUACUGACUGAGUCCUUUACUGUUCUCCCUCAGAGAAAACUUCUUACCAGACAAACCAACACUGACACUGUAAGUAGUAUUGCACCUCUGGCACCUUACUGGUACCUUACCGUAUUGAAGCAUUUUGUUAUAGCUGUAAUGAAAAGGAGCACUCUCUGAUACACAAUCUUUGAUGAAUAUCCUACCUACAGUAGUAGCUAUGGAUGAUUUACACAAACGUGCUCACUGUGUCUCGUUCUGUCUUUACUAACCCCGGAAAUACAGGGCUCCAACAUAUACAAUAAAAGUAUAAAGUGGUAAGUGAACUUUUUAUUGCAUCGUCAUUAUGAUAUUACCUUUGAUUAUACUUGUUUUAUAGUGCCUCGGUCUCCAUCUCUCUCUCUCUCUCUCUCUCUCUCUCGGUCUCUCUCUCUCUCUCUCUCUCUCUCUCUCUCUCUCUCUCUCUCUCUCUCUCUCUCUCUCUCUCUCUCUCUCUCUCUCUCUCUCUCUCUCUCUCUCUCUCUCUCUCUCUCUCUCUCUCUCUCUCCCUGACUCAGAGAACAGCUGAUCUCAAUUACAUAUCUUCAGUUGGCUCUGGACUUCACCCAUCAAGUUUUACACCUUAAUCAAGUAAACAUGGGCACAACAAACCACUGGAUGACCAGCCAAGAAGACUAAACACUACUGUCCUCCACCUCUGAUGAGACACUGGUCUUUGUACACCUCAGCCAUCCAGCUAUGCCUAAUUUCUUAAUGUAAUAUAGAACAGUCAACACUACACUGAGACACAAGGACAAAUUGUAUCCCCUCUGAAAGGAGGAAGUUUGAGUGAUCCUGUUAUGCUUGCUGACUCCUAAUCCACUACCUACGUGGUUCUGGCCAAAAGUAGUGCACUAUAUAGAAUGCAGAAGAUUAACUGAAAUUCCAAUAAAAUGAUGGAAUUAGAUUUUUUAUUCAUCUCAUGAACUGAACCCUGCUCCAUGUAUAGAUUUUGUUAAUGACUUUGAAAUUGGUUGUAAUACAUAGAAGCUUGACCCAUCACACUUUAUUUAGAAUAAUAUUAUACACAACUCAUGCACCGUGAGUGUUAAAUGAGUGGGGUUGGAUUGGAUGAAAAUAUCACAAAAGAGUACAGAGAACUUUGUAUUUAUCAAGGUUUCUGAUCACUAUAGGGUCUUGUAAAUAUUUCUUAUUUUGUCUCACGGGAUGAAUUGAACAAUAAAGAAAUUAAUCCCAAUGGGAAAUGUCUGUUUAAAUUAGACAAACGAAACAGGAACCUACAAUCUGUGUGUUGCUUUUCAUUCAUAUAGAUUGUUUUUUUUAGUAGGAAGAGAGAUGGAGGCAGCAAAAGUUAUCUUUGAUAUCGGCAGCACUUACUGGUAACGCCUAAAUCAUUUGUCACAUCAACAUAUUUUGUAGUAUAUUUAACCCAUCUACAUCUGUAAUAUGUUGAAGUACAAUUGCUCACUUUAGCCCUACCUUUGGGCAACACAUUUAUGAUUUGCGCCUAAAAGGGAGGGUGGAGUUCUCUGGUGCUUCCACAGAGGAUCCCUCCUUCACUAUAAAAGAUGUGGAGAUGACUGACGCUGGGAACUUCACCUGUAUCCUGACAGCCUUCCCUGCUGGUUCAUUUGAUGGACUGCAGGUGGGCACUGUGGGCCGCCAUACUGUAGUGAUGUCAGCAAAGUCACAAAUCCGGCGGUUCAGUGGAGUAUGGCUCCGGGGUAUCCAGUGAACUACUACCAUGUGGAUUAUACCCCCUCUCUGGAGCCUAUGGAAGCUCUACGGCUGCUGACGGUGCAGCAUGGACCUUGUCUCCUCUCCGCCACCUUGCAUCAUAAAUAUUUGUAGAUCAGUCAGUCACAAUUUAUCCAUGAUACGUCAUGGUUUUGAUUCUCUCGAACAAGGCCAGCAUGGCUUUGAUCAGCUGACCUGGCAGGUUCCAUGAAGAUGCCAAGCAUUACAUGUCUUUUACAAUGGUUGGGUAUUUUGGCAAAUAGGUAUACACAUAUAAAAAUGUAAAAAUGUUGAAAAACAAAAGUAUCUGCAGAUGAAUAAACAGAUUUAGAAUAAUCAUUGAUUAAUCAUUGUGCGUGUGCUAUGUUUAAUCUCACCACAGGAGAUCAGUGUUGUUUGGGAAAUUUGUGUUGGGAAGUGGGGGGGAACACAACUCUGGUGUGGGCCAAGGGACUGUUGGAUACCUAUCUAUAAAAAAAAACUGCCUAAUAACAAUAGCUAUGAUAAGAACAAUAUGACCAACAAGUGAUAAGCAUAGAGAUACAUAUAAAUAAUGUUAAAUAGGUAAAUACAUAACAUGUACUAUAAAUGUUAUAUUUAAUUCUGUGGAUAAUUAUAUAAAAGCCAAGUAAGUGAUAUAAUCCUAUUGGCACGGAGGUUACUGUGCCUGUGUUAACUUAAGGAACAUGAACUCAAUCCCCAUCAGAAUGAUUUACCCCUCAUACUCACUUACAGUCAACAGUGAGGAAGACUCAGUGGAGGCAGGACAGAGUGGUACAGUAUGUUCUGGAUGGAGGAAGACAGUGGAGGCAGGUCAGAGUGCCACGUAUGUUCUGGAUGGAGGAAGACAGUGGAGCAGACAGUGGUACAGUAUGUUCUAGAUGGAGGAAGACAGUGGAGGCAGGACAGAGUGGUACAGUAUGUUCUGGAUGGAGGAAGACAGUGGAGGCAGUACAGAGUGGUACAGUAUGUUCUGAAUGGAGGAAGACAGUGGAGGCAGGACAGAGUGGUACAGUAUGUUCUGGAUGGAGGAAGACAGUGGAGGCAGUACGAUGGUACAGUAUGUUUGACGGUGGGAUGGUGUUCUGGGUCAUAGGCAGCAUUCCUCCUCCAAACACGACGAGUUGAGUUGAUUCUAAAGAGCUCCAUUUUGGUCUCAUCUGACCACAACACUUUCACCCAGUUCUCCUCUGAAUCAUUCAGAUGUUCAUUGGCAAACUUCAGACGGGCAUGUGUAUGCGCUUUCUUGAGCAGGGGGACCCUGCGGGCGCUGCAGGAUUUCAGUCCUUCACGGCAUAGUGUGUUACCAAUUGUUUUCUUGGUGACUAUGGUCCCAGCUGCCUUGAGAUCAUUGACAAGAUCCUCCUGUGUAGUUCUGGGCUGAUUCCUCACCGUUCUCAUGAUCAUUGCAACUCCACGAGGUGAGAUCUUGCAUUGAGCCCCAGGCUGAGGGAGAUUGACAGUUAUUUUGUGUUUCUUCCAUUUGCGAAUAAUCGCACCAACUGUUGUCACCUUCUCACCAAGCUGCUUGGCGAUGGUCUUGUAGCCCAUUCCAGCCUUGUGUAGGUCUACAAUCUUGUCCCUGACAUCCUUGGAGAGCUAUUUGGUCUUGGCCAUGGUGGAGAGUUUGGAAUCUGAUUGAUUGAUUGCUUCUGUGGACAGGUGUCUUUUAUACAGGUAACAAGCUGAGAUUAGGAGCACUCCCCUUUAAGAGUGUGCUCCUAAUCUCAGCUCGUUACCUGUAUAAAAGACACCUGGGAGCCAGAAAUCUUUCUGAUUGAGAGGGGGUCAAAUACUUAUUUCUCUCAUUAAAAUGUAAAUCAAUUUAUAACAUUUUGACAUGCGUUUUUCUGGAUUUUUUUGUUGUUAUUCUGUCUCUCACUGUUCAAUUAAACCUACCAUUAAAAUUAUAGACUGACCAUUUCUUUGUCAGUGGGCAAACGUACAAAAUCAGCAGGGGAUCAAAUACUUUUUUCCCUCACUGUAUACGGUUCGUAAUCCCUCUCUCUCUCUCUCUCCAUCUCUCGCUCCUCUUCGGUCUCCAUCUCUAGUAGUGUUGGAAGCUCAGGUCAGUGUUGACCCACAGGUGACGGGGGUACCUGGGUAAUGAUGUCACACUGCGUUGUGAGUUGCUCCAGGGCAAUCUCACUCAGGCUGAGUGGCAGUGGGAGAACUCAGAUAGCAAAAAGGUUUCCAUAGCUGUCUUUAGCCCUAACUUUGGGCAAAAUAUUUCUGGGUCACCUCUAAAAGGGAGGUUGGAGUUCGAUGGACCUUCCACAGGUGAUCUCUCUAUUACUAUAAAAGAUGUGGAGAUGACUGAUGCAGGGAAAUACACCUGUAUCCUGACAACCUUCCCCAGUGGCUCAUUUCAGAGAACAACCAUCCUCACUGUACUGGGUGAGUCUGGAAGAUCAGCUUUAAUAUUGCAGAUAGAUUGUAGCUUCCAUCAACGUAAUUGUCUGCAUCAUUUCCAAUCCCCUAUAUAUUUUUGUCAAUAUAAAAAAUAUAUUUUAAAAUAUAUAUAUUUUUUCUUUAUUAUUUUCCCCUAACCCUACCAUCCUAAUUGGAGUAAAGUAAUGGACAUCAACACUUAGGCUUCUACUUCCAGCUUAUACAUACUAUGUACAUUUUACGGACACAGUAUAUUUUACAAUAGUUAUCUUUUGUUUGUUUUUAGUCCCAUCCUUCAGCUCCACUCAACCCUCUGGAACUCUUAACAUAGGCAAGAAAAUAAAGGAUCUUAUUAAAUGAUGGAUAAAUAAAUCUUUGAUUAGUGACAAUAGUUUUUCUGCAGAUACUGUAGGGUUCAGUCUGACAAUCAGCUGGGUCAGAGGUCAAAGAGUUGACAGUGGUUCUGUUUCCUUUCCCAGAUCAGACUCCACCUCCAUCAUCUGGCGAGGUUGCUGGAAUUGUUACCGCAGCCCUAUUGGUAACAGUUGUCAUGACAGCCACAGCUUACCUCAUCAUUGUCAGGAAGAGGUGUGUGUAAACUGUCUGUAACACAUCAUUAAAGAGAACAUAAUAUAUACAGUUGAAGUCGUAAGUUUACAUACACUUAGGUUGGAGUCAUUAAAACUUGUUUUUCAACCACUCCACAAAUGUCUUGUUAACAAACUAUAGUUUUGGCAAGUCGGUUAGGACAUCUACUUUGUGCAUUACACAAGUAAUUGUUUACAGACAGAUUAUUUCACUUAUAAUUCACUGUAUGACAAUUCCAGUGGGUCAGAAGUUUACAUACACUAAGGUGACUGUGCCUUUAAACAGUUUGGAAAAUUCCAGAAAAUGUGUCAUGGCUUUAGAAGCUUCUGAUAGGCUAAUUGACAUCAUUUGAGUCAAUUGGAGGUGUACCUGUGGAUGUAUUUCAAGGCCUGCCUUCAAACUCAGUGCCUCUUUGCUUGACAUCAUGGGAAAAUGAAAAUAAAUCAGCCAAGAGCUCAGAAAAAAAAUUGUAGACCUCCACAAGUCUGGUUCAUCCUUGGGAGCAAUUUCCAAACACCUGAAGGUACUAUGUUCAUCUGUACAAACAAUAGUACGCAAGUAUAAACACCAUGGGACCACGCAGCCGUCAUACCGCUCAGGAAGGAGAUGUGUUCUGUCUCCUAGAGAUGAACGUACUUUGGUGCGAAAAGUGCAAAUCAAUCCCAAAACAACAGCAAAGGACCUUGUGAAGAUGCUGGAGGAAACCGGUACAAAAGUAUCUUUAUUUAUUUUUGGAGAAAUGUUCUCUGGUCUGAUGAAACAAAAAUAGAACUGUUUGGCAAUAAUGACCAUCGUUAUGUUUGGAGGAAAAAGGGGGAUGCUUGCAAGCCAGAGAACACCAUCCCAACCGUGAGGCACGGGGGGUGGCAGCAUCAUGCUGUGGGGGUGCUUUGCUGCAGGAGGGACUGGUGCACUUCACAAAAUAGAUGGCAUAAUGAGGAAGGAAAAUUAUGUGGAUAUAUUGAAGCAACAUCUCGAGACAUCAGUCAGGAAGUUAAAGCUUGGUCACAAAUGGGUCUUCCAAAUGAACAAUGACCCCAAGCAUACUUCCAAAGGUGUGGCAAAAUGGCUAGGAUUAAAUGUCAGGAAUUGUGAACAUUUUAAAUGUUUUUGGCUAAGGUGUAUGUAAACUUCCGACUUCAACUGUAUCUCAAUGGCAUGUAAUGUAUCAUCCUGUGUUAGUUAGAUGUUAGUGAUUCAUUUUCAGAGCAUGGCAUUUUUUAUGUAUGCAACUUGAUACGUUUGAGGAAACGUAUUUUGUUAUUUUUCAGUAGAUCUAUAUACUCAUGGUCUUUAAGGUCAUUAGAAGUGCAUAGGAACUGAAUGUUACGUUUUACCAGUGAAUCUAUUUAUAUAAUUCUCUCUACCUAGGCGCGAGGCUUUAUUCAACCCCUCUGUCAGCAUUGGUGAGUAGAAACCAUAUUUUUUACCAAGCACACGACUCAAGUUCCCCUUCUGCUCAGUCAGCCCUGACCUGGAUUUCUGCUUUCUGUAAAACCUUCUGUGAUUGUUUUUUCAGAUGCAAGCAUCCCGGUGGUCAAUGCAGACAGGACAGGGACAGGAAGAGAAGAGGUGAGUUUGUUUAGCUUCAGCUUGUGUCCACAUAAGGGAGGAACAGAGAACUAAUGAAAACUUGAUUUUUGUUGUGCGUUUGACUGAAUUCCAGCCUAAGAUUUCAGCUAGUCACAUUAUAUUUGUAAUCAUUCAACGAUCCUCAUCUCUCUUACCCUCUCCCUCUCUUUGUCUUUCCCCAGGACCUGGUUUAUUCUGAGAUCGUCAGAUUCAACAUUGCCAAGAGCAAAGGACACGACCCAUCUGGAGAAGACCAGAAAGAUGCAGAUGUCAAGCCAGCUGAGGAUGUCACCUACUCUGCAAUGGCAGUGGGGAACCAGCAUCCUUUAAGGGAAGACACAGUUUACUCUCAGGUAGUGAGAAAGGACUGGGACAUAGACGAU